AGUGGAGGGACAGACCUUCGUUGUAGUAUCAGUAUUGUUAUCGUUUCCCUUUUUAAUCGAAUCGCCAAACUUUAACGAAGAUGUCCCGAUCGCUGGUGCAGCCGAUCGGGCAGAAGCGGCUGACCAACGUCGCCGUGGUUCGUUUGAAGAAACAUGGUCUUCGCUUCGAGAUUGCCUGUUACAAGAACAAGGUCCUUUCAUGGCGCUCUGGCGUGGAGAGAGAUUUGGAUGAGGUCUUGCAAUCGCAAAUUGUUUAUUCGAAUGUUUCAAAAGGAGUUCUUGCAAAAACAAAAGAAUUGAAAGCAGCUUUUGGUACAGAUGAUCAGACGGAAAUUUGUUUGAAGAUUCUUAAAGAAGGGGAACUUCAAGUUGCAGGGAAGGAGAGGGAGGCUCAAUUAUCCAAUCAGUUUCGUGAUAUUGCAACUAUUGUUAUGCAGAAAACCUUCAAUCCUGAAACUAAACGCCCUUACACCAUUAGCAUGAUUGAGCGACUAAUGCGUGACAUUCAUUUUGCUGUUGAUCCAAAUCACAGCUCAAAGAAACAGGCACUAGAGGUUAUUCAUGAGCUCCAGAAACACUUUCCAAUUAAACGGUCACCUAUGAGGUUACGAUAUAUCGUACCUGAACAGAACGUUCCAUCUCUCCUUGAUAAGUUAAAUGCUUGGAGUGCUAGUAUUGUUUCCGAUGACCAGUCAGGAAAUCAGCAACGAAGCAUUAUUUGUGAAUUGGAUCCUAGCUUUUAUCGAGACUGCAAUCCAUUAAUGAGUGAACUACAUGGCAGAUUUGAAGUUCUCUCUUUUUGUUUGCACGAGGAAGGGGACACCAAUGUGGAUCAAUACGAGGACGAUUAUGAGAAUGUGGAGCUGCCACCAAGGCAAUUAAAGGAAACGAAAUCGGUUAUUCCUCAACUAAGUGAAGCUUUACAAAAGCAGACAAUUUCUAUCAACAGUGAUAACGCCCCAAAGGAAGGAAAACGCUGCAGCACAUGCAACGUAGCUGUGGGGGAUGUUACAAAGUUUAGAGAGCAUUACAAGAGUGAGUGGCAUAAGCAUAAUGUAAAGCGCAAAACCAAGAAUCUUCCACCUCUGACCGAAGAAGAGUGCACGGUAGAAUUGGCAAUGGGUGAUUCAGAGUCUGACCUGAAGGAGUAUUCAUUUUGAACUACCUGCCAUGUUAUGCUUCGGUGAAUAGCUGUGAGGUUUUGUACUUUAGUUACUAUCAUUGGCUAGUUGUAGCUUAAACUCUGUUAGAUGGUCUUGACAUGUCACGCAUCGUGUAACGAAUUCAGUUUUCAUAGUUUUGACAUUUUAGUGCUUUUGUUUUUGUACUAUAAAGAAUGUAAUGAAACUAUGGCAGCGUUGUAAAUCAAUUUGGUUUUUCUUUCUUAA